UCGGCCGUUGCUCCGCGUGCAUGUGCCGGGCACGCUUAUCGAAUUUAAAAAUAAAACUUAUUUAACGCGUACACGUAUCCUGUUCCUUUACAUAACAUUCCGUGGUACUUAAAAAAAUCGAUGAUUCAUUGUAUUAUUUCAUCAUUUUACGAUUGAGUUUUUAUAAACUGUAUUAUUAUUAGACACGUUUUAAAUAAAUACUUAGCAUCGAAACCAGUCGCGUCGAGAUAUUCGAACGCAUACACAGAAAAAUAAACAAUCAGGAACCGUAUGUUAAAAAUGUGAGACACGUUACCAAUUUAAAAAAAAUAAUCAAAGAAUUUUAAAAAUGGAUUGGCGCGAAAAACUUUUUGGUCGCUUCCUCGUCAAAUGCGAUUCGCCGGGCACAAAAAAUGGCAAAUUUGAAAAUUUGGCGACUUUAGAGGCAUUAUCCGACUGCGUGGAGGAUGGGGAGGGUGCUGUGUGCGGUAUUUAUUUUUCAUUUGCAAACAUUAGUGAUACAAGUGACGAUUUCGGGGUUCGCCUGGAAGAGGUGUAUAAAAAAGUGUUUCCUAGAUUGAAGGUCGUGGAAGUAGUGCUAUGGGCUCAUGUCGGUACUCCCGAAGGUCCAGUUGAAAGAGAAGCGGGCUUUCGACGAAGUUUAACCGGAAAGCCAUGGUUUGCUGUGCCUUUUCAUGAUGUUGAUACAAAGCGACGUCUCACUCAGAAAUACAGUAUAGCAGUAGGCAUCCCUACUCUCGUGAUCAGAGGACGCGCGGUCAGAGAUGCACUGCUCAGUGAUCCUUCUGGAGAACGAUUUCCUUGGCCUGCACCACCGCUAGAUGAGGUCCUGAGAGGAGUCGAGCUGGAUGGAGAACAUAAGAAACUCUACGAGCAGUUGCCCCUUGAUGCUGUUAGAGUCUUCUAUUUCGCUGCACACUGGUGCCCACCAUGCCGGUCGUUUGCCCCGAGUCUUUGCGCUGCUCUAUCAGCAGUGCGCAAGCGACGAUCAAAGUAUGCCAACACGCAGCUCAUACUGGUUUCCAGUGACAGAUCUGAGCAGUCAUACGCACGUACAGUGGCCUCACUAACUUCUGGAAACGCGCUGGCUAUACCAUGGUCAGCCAGCGAAACGCGACUCGCUCUGCCAGCUGCCCUCGGAGUAGCGGGUAUUCCGGCACUGGUUAUCACAGAUGGCACUGGCAAAGUUCUUACAUCUAAUGGAAGGCAGAACCUAGCGGCUGAUCCGAUGGGAUUGAACUUCCCGUGGGCACCACGCCCCGUCUCCGUGUUAACUGAACAAGCAUUGCUAAAGAUGGCGCGUCACCCCGCUGUCGUACUCUUUAUAGACGAUGAAGACUCCGAAAUAGAAUUUUCCGAGUCGGUCCUAACACCAUCCGCUGAAUCCUACUACGAGGAGUGCAGCAUUCAGUACCCAGGAUUCUGCCCCUAUCAAAACUCCUCGGACGACGAGACAAUGGACUUCGACUACAGCACCACCAAAUCCUCAACCAAAAAGAAGAAAUCUUUCAAACACGUCAUGUUCUACAUCGGUAUUGAUGGAACGGAUAGUGCCGACAUGAUCAGAGAACACAUAGGUCUGGAUGACGCAGUACCUCUACUUACUGCCAUAGAUUUCCCAAAACAACGCAUGGUCACUAUGAAAAAUGGCGAUGAAAUAACAACAGAUUCCGUGCAGAAUUUUGUCGAUGCUUUUCUGAGCGGGAACGCUGAUUUUAAACCUCUAAAGCCUUAUAGUGAGAAGUGUUAAACGAACCAAAUGAGACACUCCCAGUAAACAUGUUACAUCGAAACACUUAUCUCAUUGAAAUAAACUUUGAUUUAGAGCAAGCUGCUUCAUUGAUAGUUGACAGCGAUAUAGAUAAAUCGAAAGUUCUAGAAAAAAAUACAAUUAGACAUGAAGAACAUAAUUCGACCUGGAAACGUCACCUGCAAGUCAAAAUCUAUUUACUAUGAAACUUGACCAUUGUACGUAGGUUUUUACCGAUUUAUUACAAAUUAGUGAUAGUAGACAUAGUUAACAAUAUAACCAAUAAUACAAAACUUAUACAAUUCUCGAUUAAAUAAAUUAAACUUAAGUUUAAAUUAAUUGUAGAAAAAAUUUCGACUGUACAUCCAUCCGUACAAGAAAGGCAAUCGACGUCUUUAUCUAUGAAGUUAUUAUUAAUGAUUUCUCUGAGAUAAUGCGUUCCUGACAGAUCCGUGAUCAAAUGAAUGACGUAACUUUGAAUUGCCAACAACGAUAAAAAUAUUAACUAUCUUUUAUUUGCCAACCUAAUGAUUUUUUAAAGAUUAUCAUUAAAAACUAUAUAAUUUGUCAACUCACAAUAAAUAAUAUAAUUUAAUUUAAUUUUUUAACAAAGUUAAUUUACAAUAAUUUCUUUUAAACCAUAUUCGUAGUUCAACUGUUUAUUUUCGUUGUGCGUGUACUGAGUGACAGACGUCAGGAAGGCGUACUUUUUUAGUGUUAUAUUAUAAUAUCUUAAAACUGUGAGAUUUUCAGAAUUUUCAAUAGGAUAGGAGGAGAAAUAUGCAAAGUAAUAUCAUAGACGCAUUUUCCAAGAAAUUUCUGAUAUUUGUGUUCUGAAAAAGACCUCAGUUUUUAAAGUUUUAUUAUUAAUACAAUAAACAUCGAC